AUGACUGAUACCGCGCAUAAUGGCAUCACAGCCUCUACCUUGCGAGAAGCUCCAGGUAUGGCCCGAUCGGCAGGACAAAACGCACAACAAGUCGAAAGAAUAGCCCCCGAGUUAUCACCGAACAAGGGUACGGACGGCGAGGAAAGGCGAGGCAUGCAGGACCUGAGUGACGGAAGGUCCAAGGAGACAGCGGCCACGGAGAAGGCGCCGAGCCCGAGAAGAGAUAUCCAUGGAGGACUGAAUAGUGCACAAGACACCCAACAUUCCCUCUACCAAGCACAUGCUGAGCAGCAAGGCAAUGGAAAACUGCGCAUCGAGAAGCGGCAGCUUGAUAACAAGGGCAUCGGGCAGAAAGACCAGGGAGAACAGCACACUAAGAAACAAAGCAACCAGAAUCAAGCCAACCAGAACCAAGACAUCAAGAAACACGAUAUCAAGAAUCAAGACAUCAAGACACAUGAUAUCAAGAAACACGAUAUCAAGAAUGAAGACAUCAAGACACAUGAUAUCAAGAAACACGAUAUCAAGAAUCAAGACAUCAAGACACAUGAUACCAAGAAACACGAUAGCAAGAAUGAAGACACCAAGACACAUGAAAUCAAGAAACAAGACGACCAGGAACAAGACAUCAAGAAUUCAGGCAUCGGGGAGUAG